CUAAUUACUCUCACCUGCUGCACUAAUCACCUCCAUUUAAACCCCGAGUUCAGCCUGAUCCAGCCUUUCUGCUGCUCUACUACACUUUCCUCUCAGAUUCUGGGUGAGCCGGGAGAAGAUCUGUGAAGAGUCAUGAACAAAACAGAGAAGCCUCUGUCCACACUGUGGGGGUGUGAACUGAAUGAUUCCAAUAAAGAGGAAACGUUUAAAACUGAUGAUACAAACCAUCAACACCAACUCGCCCUGAGAACGAUGUGUUUGGGUCACACGGCUAAAGAGGAGUUUAAUAUUGUGGAGUUGGUGACUGGGGAGGGUGACUCUGCUAAAGCCGUGCCCAUCGUCACCUUACACGCCAAGUCUAUGACCACGGUGAAUUUAUCCGGGUUGGAUCUGCACCCCCCGGUGAUGUUCCGGCUGAAGUUCGGGUCGGGGCCGGUGUUCGUGGGGGCGGAGCAUGUAGCCCUGGAGGAUUAUUCAGAUGAGGAGCUGCUGGAUGAAGAGAUGGAUGAGGAGGAGGUGGAGGAGGAAGAGGAGGAGGAAGAUAUUGAAGAGUCACCUGUAAAGAAAGCCAAGAAAAAUGGUGCUGGAAAGAGAAAGAAGCCGGAGAAAGGGGAGGACGAGGGAGACGCAUCAGAGGGAGAAAAUAACCCCCCCAAAAAGGGUAAAGGGAGGGGCAGGAAGCCGCUGGCUGCGAAGGUCUGAUUGGUCCGGAGUGGAGAGUUCACUAAAGUUCACUACAGUAAAGGAUCAGAGCGGAGCGGCUCGUACUGUCUGAUCUACAGCAGGUGUGGAGAGAGAGAGAGAGAUGCACUUUACCUUCACCUUCAUUUUCUUUUCUUUUUCUUUUAAAAAAAAAUAAGGAUCUGAAUGCUGCCGUGCUCUUUGUGCUUCUUGUGCUGAACUGAAUCUGUAUCCAGGCUUUUAUUGAUUAAAAAAUGGCCUGAGAUCUGCUUCCUGUGUCGGACUCCUCCCGGGACUUUAUUAAACUAAACUGAAUUACUGUG